GAGAUUGAACAACCAUAGGGCGGGACGUUUGUUCGAUGACUGCCUCCCUCAUAAAGCGGACACAGUUCGUCGAGUAACCCCAGUCGGGAUUGAACAUGAGUGUCAGUUGUGUGAUCGAAACUUGUUUGGAUGCACGCUCAUUGUUUAUUUUGUUGGACACUGUUUGACCGGUCUUUCAUAAAUAAACACCUGUCAUGUUUGCUUCGAUUUCGUUGAAAAAGUGAUCAUUUGUGUGACUGUUGACAAUAUCUCUUUACUUUUUAUCAAGCUGAAGCAAAGUUUAUUGACUGAAAGUAGAUUUUGGAUAGAAGUUUGAUUUGUUUAGAAUUCAAGAAUUAAUUGAUUGCCGGUAAAGUAAUUUCCUUAUUUGAAUUGAUUGAUAGUCUCUUUAUAGCACAAUUUCAUAAUAAUUAGUUCAUCAUUAUCAUCUACUUCAUGAUAAUAAUUAGGAUCUGUUUUAUUUUGAGUGUGACACUUCGAUAUACUGGCUUGGCACAAAAUAAUACAAAACUCUGAAAACAAUGACAGGCGUUAAUAAUUGUUUCACUAAGAUAUAAUACUUGUGCAUAUCAUCGAUAAUAUCAUGCUUUGUGAUCGUACUUCUCGCUUUCCUGAAGGCAGAUCACCCCCUGUUGCUUCAAACGCUAUCGAAACAUCCAGUCCUAAUACCAGGAUUGGUGGUGUCAUGGAGAGAGAAUUCUUGGACACUGUUCCUAUGUCAGCCAGCAUAGGACAUUCAGUUUCACCACCUGCAUCUGAAAAUCAUUCAUCAUCAUCUCCCAUGCUUCACUCAUCCACCAACAAACCGAAACUCUCAUUCAGCAUCAGCAGACUGCUAGGCGAUGACUCUAAACCAGAGGACAAUGACGACAACAACAAUCUCAGAAAGGAAGACAGCAGGUCUUCCACGGACAAUAAUAGUGGUCAUGGUGGGGAUAGUAGUUCAGCAAGGACAACUCCAGCAUCAUCGACAGCUGCUUCCCCGAUGAUGGCGAUGAGCUCCGCAUGUUGUACAGGAUUCCCACCCCAAGCUUAUUUCUCGACAGCUGAUCUGAAAGUCUCCUCUGUUCCUGUGAUGUCAUCUCCUUAUGAUCCGCUUCAAAGUGGAGCGAACGGAACUGUGAUACGAGUACCGGCUCAUAGACCGGGCCCACUGUCUUACCCUACGACGGUCAGUUUUCCAUGGGUUGGAUCCCAGGGAAUGGUCAAAGAUAGGAUACCAGUGCCUUUUCCUCUGGCCGCAGGCCUACCUCCUGUUCCUCCGAGACGCAUCGGGCACCCUUACCAGAACCGGACGCCCCCGAAGAGGAAGAAACCAAGGACCAGUUUCACCCGCAUGCAGAUUUGCGAGCUUGAGAAACGGUUCCACAAACAAAAGUAUCUGGCUUCAGCGGAGCGGGCUUCGUUGGCGAAGACACUAAAAAUGACCGAUGCUCAAGUUAAGACGUGGUUUCAGAAUCGAAGAACUAAGUGGAGGAGACAAACGGCUGAAGAACGAGAAGCUGAAAGGCAAGCAGCAAAUAGGCUUAUGAUGUCUCUUCAAGCGGAAGUGGUGUCUAAAUCGAUUUACGACCAGACCAGGGAUCCCUUGUGCAUCAGCAACGCAUCAUUACAUGCGUUACAGACUCUACAACCAUGGGCGACUGAAAGCGCUGCAGCGGCCCAUGCAGCAGCCGCGGCGGCGGCAGGGCACCACCAGUCCGGGGUGGACAGACCUUCUUUUCUGGGACCACCACAUUCCUUAUCCUCACCUAUAUGCUGAGUCAAAAGACAAUAUAUGAAAGAUUGUGAUCUCUCGCCAGGCCCAAAAUGGCACUGGUCUUAUUUGUCCCAAUUUCAGCAAUAAUAAUAGACUGAUGACAACAUUAGUAGACUUUUGAAACUGAUACAGAGAGAAGUGCAAAGUAAAAAGUUGAUAAAUAGCAAUAAAUGCUGUGAAUAUUGAAAUAUAAUUCCUAUUUAAAGAUUAUUAUGAGAAGAUUAAUGUAUCAAGGUUUAAAAGUGCAUAAUUAUUUUUUAUUAGUAAAUUGAUUUUAGAUUUUUAGUAAUUAUUUUUAAAUCAGAUAAAUAGUUGAAUUUUUUUUUGUACGUAAAAAAGCUGAAAUUUAAUUUUUUUAUAUUAAUUCAUUUCUUUUUUGUUUCAUAAUAUAAUAAUAAUAAUAAUUAAUUAUUUUUAAUAUUUAAAAUCAAAAUAUUAGGAAUCAUUUGAUUAAGCCCAAAGGAAAUUUAUUGAUUUAACUUAAAUUACCAUUGCAUAUUUGUCAGUAUGAAACUGAUGAUAUCUGCAAUAGAAUUAAUUCAAGCGGCUUCGCAGUUCUGUGAUAGAUGCAACGUUCGAAUAUUAUUUGAUAGCUAAUUGCACGUUAUCUAUCUUAAGCUGUGAUGUCGAAUUUUUUUCCUUCUGUAAAAUAUUAAAUAUGUUUCAAAAUUCAGCUGGAGUAAUGAAUUGAUUCUGUUUCUACUUAUGCAGUAUUUGAUUGCGUUAUUUUAUUUACUAAAAAAUAAAUGCAUGCUGUAACUUUAUUUAGAUUAAAAAGUGAGGAUUUGUCAUAAAUUUCUCAGCUGUAUCGAAAAGCUGAUGGAGUAAUGCCAAAAUAAAGAAUAAGUUUUUGUUUUAUCUGUUUAAAUACAUUUAAUUAAUAUAUAAGAGGCAGUUUGUCCAAAAUAUGCAUAGUUAUUAAACUUUAACAAAUAAAUGAUUCAUUGUUUCGCACAAUUGAUGAAAUAAAUAAUUUAGAGAUAAUGAUUAGUUUUGAUUUUCAAAAUUUAAAUGCAAAAUGUGAUAACAUUAGUGCAGCUAAAAUGUCUAAAUCAUGUUGAAAUUUCUUUGAAAUAAAGUCGCAUUUGUUAUAACAAAAGUUUGGAAUAAUAUUUUAAAUUUUAUCGGAAUUACAGAGAUUCAAGGAACGUUUGUAAUAGAAAGCAUUAAUUCGCUUAUUUAAAAAAAAAGAGCUCAAACAACAGAAGACAUUAGAAAUAAUAUUAAAUUACUAAAAAAUAAUUACUAUUAUGAUAAAAUUAAUAACAAUAAGGAUAAUGGAGUCAAAUGGACCAUCAUCACAAUAACAUGCAAAAUGUCAAUGCACGUACCAUCUAAAGCAUAUUACGUUAAUCUGGAUAUGACAUCACAUCCUUUAAUCUCUUGCACAAUGUGCAAUACAUUUCAAAAUUAAACAUUUCAUACAUUUCAAUUUCAAACUGCGCAUUUGACACGUAUCACGUGAGCAUAAAUUGGCUCUAUUCUACUCCUUUCUUCCUUUUAAAAAAUAAUCUUUUAUCAAAAAUAUUGCAUUGCUUAACAUCGGAAAACAGAUUUAAACAUUUUCUACUACAUAUUCGCUGCAUAAGGAGUUUGUGGAGUCAACUCAAUACAAAAUUUUAUUUGAUUUUUUCUUUUCUUUGGAUUCUGUUUUCUUAUUUAUAUAUUGCUCUACGAAAAGUAUUUAUAUUUAUAAGAUUAAAACAACUCUUAGAAAGAAAAUUCACAAGGUUUAGCUCUUAUUUUUGCAUUUUGAAUCGCAAAAUACUGAAUGAUUUUUGGUUCUAAAUAAUAGCUGUGAAAAUUUUAAAUGUUUAUAUUGAAGGUUUAUUAUUUAUUAUAUAUACAUAAAUGCAUUAUUUUGAAUAACAGUUUUUAAGUGCUCUUUAGAAUUCGAAUGAUUUUUAAUAGAAUGGGAAUCUAAAAAUGCCUUCACUUAUUUCCUGCUCCUAUUCAGGAUACUAGAUUGUACAGUACUAAUAAAACUUUGCACAUUGUGAACCGUUUUUUUUUCUUU